AUGCCCAACAUGCGCUCCGCUCUCGCCCAUGCUGCUCGUUCGGGGAGGAAUCGGAGCGCUUCGCUGUCCACCGUCCCGCCGACGCAGGGCCACGAGGAUUACCUGCCGGAGCUCGCUGCCAUCGCCGCCUCGAUCCUCUACCGAUCACCGCACCUGUCGCUCGAAGGAAGACCCGUCUACAUCCUCAACGCCGCCGCUUUCCCCGACGCAUUCGAAGUCGAUUAUGACACCCUUCUGGCAUACGUCCUGGCUCGUCUGCCCGGAGAGGAGGAGCUGAUUGCGGGGACGGACUAUGAGGUGGUGUUCUUUGCGGGAGGCACGCCGGACAAUGCAACACAAGAGAAGAAACAAGGACCCAACACCGGCUGGUAUCUGCAGGCCUACCAUGUGCUCAGCCGCGCAUUACGGAAGAAGUUACAGAGGCUGUAUAUUGUACACCCUCGGACGUGGGUCAGAGUGCUCAUCAGCGUGUUUGGAACGAUAGUGUCGCCCAAAUUUCGCCGGAAGAUUGUCCACGUCAACUCGCUAUCGCAAUUGGCUCUUCAUAUCGCUAUUGAGAAGCUCCUCAUCCCACCAUCCGCCUACUUGCAGGAUCGGAAGGUCUCGUCAGAAGUCUACGCUCCGUUCGUAACCGGGAGGAGGGCCUUUGGUGUCAACCAUCCCUUUCCGAAGAACAUCUCUACCGGCGAGUCACGGCUUCCGCGGGUACUCAGGGAGACCACGAGCUUCGUUCUCAUGCCUUCAAAUGUCAUCACGGAGGGUCUCUUCCGGAUACCGCCUCACAACAUCCUCUCGAGUAUUCUCAAAGAAGCAUACGACCGAGGCCAGCAAUUCAUUGUAUGGAAGGAGGGAGAUGCAACUUUCGUAGCGCCUGGCAUGGACCAGGCCUUGCUGAACGAGGUGCGCUUAGAAGAUGCGUAUGGUGUUCAUCUCGCCGCUUCUCUCAUCAAGACGUGGUAUCGAGAACUCCGAGAACCAAUCUUCCCGGAGUCAAGCUACUCAGCACUCAGAGAAAGGUACAGCGACCCUGGAACUGAGGUGACUCCAGAGGAUGUCGUCGACCUGAUCUUACCGGCAUCUGCUUCUUCUCCAUUGACCCAGACUGCUCGCGAAAUACUGGCAAGACACUUGCUACCUUUACUGUCGGUCAUUGCGUCUCACGAGACCGAAAACAAGAUGAACGCGGAGAACCUUGCGAUAUGUUUCUCGAUGUGUCUAGUGUGCGGAUCGGAUCAGAUGCAAGACGCAAAAAUGUCGACAGUCGUGAAGCGCAUCCUGCAUGCAGCUAUCAACAUGUGGCCUCAACUGCGAAGCGGCAUGGGCUUCGAUGAAGGUGCUUUCUUCAAGGAUAUCCAGCCCCCGAGCGACUCCCGAGAAUAUGAGGAUCCUCUGGAAGAUGCGAAACCGCCACAGCACGCUGCUGACGGCGCAGAUGAUGAGAUGCCCGAUGGGCAUAGAAUCGUCAUGGCUGAUUCUGACAGUCCUCGUUCUCUCUCGCCCGAAGGACCACCUCCAGCAUUACCGCCUCGAAGAUCUCGAGCAUCUUCAUGGAGAAAGGCCUUGAAGACUCAAAUUCCUGACAUCGAUCUUUCAUCUCUGCCCAAGCCUAAGAUUGAACUGCCCAUGAUUCCCAAACGGAAGCCGGCGCCGCACCAUGAGGCUGAACCACCUUCGCCUUACCGAGAUGAUGCUACCGUGUUUGAUCAGACGUCAGCACCGCCGCCUCCACGAUACUCCGCCCUUUUUGACAGAAAUGGCAGAAGUGUGCAAGUAGAAGAGUCGCCUGCGACAGAUGUGCCACCAGACAGCUUCGGCUCACCUCGCAGAGUGCCCAAUCUCGACAGGGAAAAGAAGGCCGCCUCAUACCCGGAUCCGUUGGAGCAUAAUCCCAUGGAGCAUAAUCCCAUGGCGGCAGUACCAAAGCGAAAGGCAGUUUCCGGAUCCGGAUCCGGAUCGAGAAAAUCGUCGCCAGAAGCUACGCCGGCCGCGCCUCUGUCUCGGCAACCGUCCGAUAGCAAUUCUAGCCAUGCGAGCAACGCCUUGCUCGCGAGAAUGGCCGCGCAACAAGCUGCGAAUAAUCUCGCGCAUCGUAUUACAGUUGCAGCACCCGAAAGGAAGGAUAGCACGGCUGGGGAAAUCAACUCUGCGCCUGCCGACCUGGCCAAGUUUCCUGAAGCUGCUACUCCCAACUCAGCAAACGACAACGGCGUCUUUCGUAAACCUUCCCGGCCUGCAUCCGCAAACCGCCAACUACAGCAACCAUCCACCAUCCAGUUCCUCGCCAAACCCGUCAUCCAACCUCAUCACGCGUCCACCUUCCCUAUGGCCUCCAAUAGUGGCUCAUCACGACAUCUUAGUCCACCUCACGUCCCGAAACCUCGUACCCCGUCGCCGGGUCUCUUGCAAAGGAUGAGCUCGAUGGAGAAUACGCACUCACAACGUGCUUCUUCUGCGGGAUCCGGAGGCUUGCAGCCGAACAAGUUGAAUUUGAAAAAGACGAGUGUGGAUGAUCUCCGGAGGUUGUAUGAGGAGCGGGUGACGACGGCGGAAGGAUUGGCGGGUGUUGUCAGGAGGAAGACCACGCAUCGUUAG